AUGAAUAAUUACGAAGAAAAUAAAAUAAUGGCUCAUCGGCAACAUGUUAAAUAUUUUAUGCGGUUUUUAAAUGUUUUACCUUCGUCUCUGUCCUCUCACGAUACAACCAGAGUAACGAUUGCAUAUUUUGCUGUAUCUGGCUUGGAUAUUCUGGGUGCAAUCUCAACAAUGACAUUAGACUUGAGGUCAAGGAUAAUAGAAUGGAUUUACAGACUGCAAGUACACCCUAAUAAGGAAAAUGGUGACAUGUCCAUGUGCGGUUUUCAAGGUUCAUCAACAGUAAACAUAGACUUGCAGGAGAACAAUCACUUUCGAUGUGGUCAUCUUGCCAUGACGUACACGGGUCUCUGUAUUUUACUGGCUUUAGGAGACGACCUGUCUAGAGUUAAUAGGAAAGCAUUAGUUGAAGGUGUAAAAGCAUUACAAACAGAGGAAGGUAAUUUCGCGGCUACGCUCUCAGGGUGCGAGUCGGACAUGCGUUUCGUGUAUUGCGCCGCGUGCAUCAGUUAUAUGCUCGAUGACUGGUCAGGAUUCAACAUCGAGAGGGCUACCGACUAUAUUAUUAAAUCAAUAGGUUAUGACUACGGGAUCGCUCAGUGUCCCGAAUUAGAGUCCCACGGUGGCACAACCUUUUGUGCACUAGCUACAUUGAGCCUUACCGACCAACUGGAUAAACUGUCCGAACAACAGGUUGAAGGGCUGAAAAGAUGGCUGCUCUUCAGACAGGUCGACGGCUUCCAGGGCAGGCCCAACAAACCAGUUGACACCUGCUACAGUUUCUGGGUAGGAGCUUCACUAAAAAUACUAGAUACUCUACAGUAUACUAACUAUGGAAGCAAUAGAAAAUACGUUUACGAAACUCAGGACACAGUUGUUGGUGGUUUCUCAAAGUGGCCCGACACUUGUACGGACCCUAUGCACACAUACCUAGGGUUAGCUGGACUCAGUUUGAUAGGAGAGAGUGGCCUUUUAGAAAUAGAACCUACUUUAAAUAUAACUAAGAGGGCCUAUAACCACUUAAAAUCGGUACACGUAAAGUGGCAGAAUGAAUGA